GUUUUUAUGCUGAGUUUCCCUGGAUAUCAUUCUAAACCAGUGUUAUCCAAACUUUGCAUCUCCAGAUAUUCUGGGUUUCAACUCCCAGAAAUCCUGUUCAACCUGUCUGGGGAAUCUGGGAGCUGAAGUCCAAAACACUUGGAGGACCAAAGUUUGGGAACCACUGAUUAAUACAUACCCUUUUGUCAAGCAGAAUCCCAAUGUUUGUCACUCUGUAGCCCAAACUAAUUUGCCAGAGUGGUAGCAAUGUUAGCCCAUUGCAGCAAAAACUCUGAAGAGUUGUGAUAUGUCUAAAGAUUAAUGGGUUUAUUGCGGCGCAAGUUUUUGUAUACUUUACUGGAUACCUGAAAUAUUACUUUUAUAAAUGAGAAUGCUGCAUAUUAACUCUGUAAAAGGGAAGGCACAGUGAUCCAGGAAGGUUUGUGAAUCAGUAACAAAUAGUAUACACAUUUUUGUUGCUUCCUGAGUAAUAGAUAACUAUUUAAACACCAGUUACGUUCCAUUUCUGUUUUACAGUUUUUAUAAGAAACCAAAGUGCAGAAAAAUUCAGCCCACUCUUAAAACUGUUGUCUAUGAUGACUUUGAAAUUAGGGACCAAGGUUAGACAAGAGAAGGGACUAGGGCUAGUAUAGGAAAGAAAGUAUAGAGUGGCAUGUGUUGAAGGUGAGAGCAAAUGCUGGAAGGAAAGAGCAAGUGUUAGAAGGUAAGAGGAGGAAAUAGAUAAGGAAGAUUGGAUAGGUAGUAAAUAAGAGGUAAGAAGAUAGCAAGAAGAAAUAACAGAGGGGAUAAAGUUAGAAACUGUCAAGAAUGAGAAAGUGAGAUGGUAGAGGGAUAGGGAGAGUAGUAGAUAGGUAGGAGAAAGCUGGAGAUUGGAGUAGAUUCAAGAAGUUAAUCAGAGUGGGGAGGACAGUAUAUUGAAGAUGGAAGAUAGAAAAGUAUGGUAGAUGGGGAAUAAAGUAAGAAUUCCCUGGAUAGAAACAUGAAGUGUUAAUUAUCAAUCAGGUUUCAAUAAGAUAAUUUAGGAUUACCAUAUUAUGUUAUAUUGUGAUACAAAGGCACUGAUUGUUUAAUUGUUGUCUUGUUUGUUUAAAUCUGAAUGAAUGUAUUGGAAUUUAUUAAUAAAUAAAUUAAAAAAAAAGAAAUUAGGGACUACUUACAAGAACAUUUGUAUGGUUUCAGUAACAAGAUCUCCCUGAAUUUUCCAUUUUCCUGCAAAGUCCUCUCAAGGCAUAUCACAAGGGAACAAAAAGAAGAUUUCUGGCUCUGGAUUUGCUCAUGGAAACAACAUCUGCUCCUGAGGGGGAGAACCCCCCACUCUCUGCAGCCAUGAGGGCGAAGAUUGAGCGGAAUCGCCAGCGGGCAUUGAUGCUGAGGCAGGCAAUUCUAAAGUUAAAGCUCCCCCAAAGAUCAUCGAUACAGGGGGAGGAUUUUUUCUUGAAGAGGAGGAAGAAGAAGAGCGCAGAGUGGAGAAAAUCGUGCAUCCCCCUGCAACAGAAGAAAAGAAUGCUGGAUUCAGGCCUCUGGAAUUGGGAGAAGCCAAGUCACCUGAUAGAAGGGGCUGUAUUAGAAUUUGAUUACCUCAUUUGUGAAGAGUGUGAUAAAGAAUUCAUGGACUCCUACCUCAUGAACCACUUUGACCUAGCAACAUGCGAUAAUUGCAGAGAUGUGGAAGAUAAACAUAAACUCAUAACAAGGACUGAAGCUAAGGAAGAAUACCUUCUGAAAGACUGUGAUUUAGAUAAACGAGAACCAGUGCUCAGAUUCAUUUUGAAGAAGAAUCCUCAUAAUCCACGUUGGGGUGACAUGAAGCUUUAUUUGAAGCUGCAGAUUAUCAAACGUUCCCUUGAAAUUUGGGGAAGUGAAGAAGCAUUAGAAGAAGCUAAAGAAAGCCGCCAAGACAACAGAGAGAAGAUGAAACAGAAGAAGUUUGAUAAAAAAGUUAAAGAACUACGUCGAGCAGUAAGGAGCAGCGUCUGGAAAAAAGACACAAGUAUCCAUCAACAUGAAUAUGGAGCUGAAGAAAAGAUAGAUGAUGAUCUGUACAAAAAAACCUGUACCACAUGUGGGCAUGAGCUAACGUAUGAAAAAAUGUAAUACUCUUGAUUUUACAUGAAAUGCACUUUUUGUAAUGUUAAAUUUUUGUCUCCAGUAAAAUAAAUCGUAUCAGUUUCUUCAA